UGUUUAUCAAUCCUUUAUCUUCCUGUACUUAAGCAGGAAGCAGUAGUUUGCAAAUAUGUGCUUGCUAUCACAAGGACUCAGAUGUCUGGUCCGGUCAACCGUUGAACCUCCUGGGUUGAAGCUCUCUAUCUGUACACAGGGCACGCCACCCCCGGGCAGGACGGCCUCAGGACAUCAGCGGGGACUGCGUUCCAGGGAGAGGAGGCAGCGGGGCGGAGGCCCUGAGGCGGGGCGGAGGGCAGCAGCGACCGGCGGGCCCGCACAGUGCUGCUGGGAGAGGGAGGCCUAGCAGGAGGACCACAGUUGGGUUUCACUCUGAAAUGCUCUUAACAAGGCCCCUGGAGAUGACGCAGCUGACUCGUGGUUGACGGUGCCGCUCAGCGGUCUGCAGCUGGAGGGUCCACGAGGCCAGGCUCCCACGGCUGCAGCCCGGACCUGGUCUCAGGGUCGAGACAAGGGGUGGGGGCUGGCCAGCCUGCACUGCAGGGCUGAGGCUGCAAGGCCAGGGCGGAACCGCUCAGAUUCAGAGCCCCGGUGAGGCCCUGGUGAGCAGACGCGGCAGAGGUGGCAGCCCCACAGGAUGAAGGCGCUGGCGGCUGUCCUGCUGGCUCUGCUGUGGUGCGGGCAGCAAGGGAGAGGGCGGGCGCAGGAGGACGAGGAUGAUGACCAGGAUGCUGGGCGCGAAGGCUACGACGAUGAGGAGGAGGAGGAAGAGGAGGCCGGCGUGCCUGCGGGCAGCAGGGGCUCAGGGCCGCAGUGCUACACGUGCCAGUCCCUGCACAGGGGGGAGAGCUGCAAGCAGGUGCAGAGCUGCGUGCUCCCCAGGACGUGCAAAGCCAUCGUCUCCUCCUGGAACACUGAGUCAGGUCCCCAGACCACCUACUCGGGAUGGUGUGCAGACACAUGUCAAGCCAUCAGCAGAACGGUGGACGGAUCUCUGACGACCAUAUCCUGCUGCCAGUCCAGUCUGUGCAACACCCCACCCUGGCAAGACCCCCAGGGGAGGGGGUCAGGCGGCCCCCAGGGGAGCCCUGCGACUGUGGCCGCCACCGUCCUGCUCAGCCUCCUGGCCAGCCUUCAGGCGAUGGGGCUCUGAGUGGGGCGGUCCCUCCUCGCGCCCUGGCUGGCCAGCACUCUGUCCGCUGUCUGCUGUCUCCUGUCUCCUCCCCCAGACCAUGGAGAAUAAACUGGAAGCACCUGUGAUGA